CUGCACAAUACGUUUUUGCCUCUUUGCGAAAAUGAAAAUUGUUCUUUGCAGUUUAUUAUUAUUACCAUUAUCAGUUCUAGGGCAAUUUUUUAAUUAUGGUACACGAUUUCCAAAAAAUAAGCUUUACAAUCUAGAGCCACAAACAAUUGGAUUAGACAACAUUGACGGCACUGUUGCUGCUUUUGGUGACUUUAAUGGCGACAAAUUUACAGACUUAUUUGUAUUAAGUGCUGAUCAAACAUCUGUAUCUAUCUUUCUUUGGAAUCAUCAGGAAUUUACGUUUAAGAGAUUACCUACAGCUAGCUCAAUACAACCUGGGUUUAUCAUAACUAAUGUUGUUCCUGGAGAUUAUAAUUACGAUGGAAAACUAGAUGUUUUGUUAAUGGGGGAACAAAAUCCAGAAAAUAAUCCAACUCAUGAAAUUAAAAUGCAAAUCUAUAUAGGCAACGGCAAUGAUACUUUUGAGCAAGAGGCAAUUAAGCUACCUUCUGCGUAUAAUGCUUUACCUAUUGUUUUAGAUGUGAAUGGAGAUAUGAAGACAGAUAUUUUAGGAUAUGCAGAAAAUACAAACAAGUUAAGCGUUUGGAUAAAUGAAGCUUCAACCAUGUCAAAUGAUACAACUUCAUUAUAUAACUUAACCUCAGCAUCACCAUUUUUCGAUGAAAAAGUUACAGAUAAAUGUGUUUGGGCUAAUCCUCAUUCAAAUGCUUUUGUCGAUUUAAAUGGGGAUUGUCUAGCUGACUUGAUAUUUGUUUGCACAAAGAUGAGUGGUACACAGUCAUUACAAAUCUGGACUAACGAUCGACAGCAGGGAUUCGUAUUACAUCAAGAGGCUCAAUUACCUACAGGAGCAGGACCACUUAGUUUUGGUGAUAUAGAUGGAGAUGGCUCAAUUGAUAUUGUUUUCCCUGUAUGCAAAAAUGAUAUUUGUACAAUCCAUGUAGUCUAUAAUCAGCAAAUUGGACUAUGUCAGAAUCAAAAUGAUAAAUUGUGCCGAAAAGCACAAAAUCUGUGUGUUGCAGAUCACAACUUUAAAUUUGAUUUCACUAGACCUAAUAGCGAAAAUUAUGUUGUCUUUGAUCUUGAUAGUGUCUUACUUGAUGCUGGAGAAAUAAUUUUGACGAAUGACAAUGGUGGUUUUCGUGGAAAGCUGCCUGUCCCUAUUCAUAUAGGUGACUAUAAUUUAGAUGGUUAUCCUGAUGUUUUAGUUACUACAACGGAGAGAGUAAUUCUAUUGAAAUCAGUCUUAUGCACUUUAGAAUUAUGUACAAGCAAUGCUAAGGCCUCAAGUAGAAGGUCCUUUGAAGUUGUUACUACAGGAGCUGAAAUUUUGAAUCAAUUAUCUAAUCCUAGUCAAGCUACAUUCUUUGAUAUUGAUGAAGAUGGAACAUUGGAUAUCUUAGUUUUACAAAAUAUACAAGGCAAAGAUGCGGGGCGACUACCAAAUUUUAUUGUCAAUAAUUACUUCAAUGACGCCUUCUUUUUGAAAGGGUUAGUUUCGAAUGGAGCUGAAGAUUUAACAGCUUAUGGAGUAAGCUAUCCUGGUGCAUCAUUAAAAUUUACAGUUCUAGAUACAUCAGGUGUAAAACGAUCCCAUCAAGUUUCUCAACUAUCUCAAUCAGCUUAUAUGUCAUUAUUGACGCCAUAUUGUUUAUUUGGACUAGGAAGAACUAAUAAUUAUGUUGAAGAACUAUUUGCAGGCGUUUCUCGCCAUCAGCAUAAAAAUUACUUUUUUUACGAAGGUGUAAUUCCUAAUUCACAACUAGUCUUUUUACCUUAUCAGCCAGAUCAUAUCCAAGAUAGUUCAUCUUGGAAAGUCGAAUUAUAUAUCAAACCCGCUGAUUAUGUGCCUUGGGUAUUAGCUGUUUUAGUAGCUGCCUCUAUUAUACUAGGUAUUGUAGUUGUUGUACUUCGUAUUGUAGAAAAGAGAGAAGAUGAAAUGGAAAGAAGGAAAGCACUGCAUAUCAUAAAUUUUGAUGCGCUGUAGUUAUAUUGGAUAAAAUAAUAAAAAUAUAUAAUACCUUUUUUUUUUCUCUAUUUAACAUAUACAUGUAUAUACACAUAUGUUCUUAUUAUAAUAGCUACCAUUUCUAUACAUAAUAUUGUUGAAGUAUAAAAUAUAUACAUAUUACAAAUAUACGAAAUAUAAUAAGGAUUUAUUGUCUUGGCUUGAGUUAUAAAUAAUAAUUAAUUCUUUUUAGGUGUUAAGUCUUCAGAAGUCUGGGCAGCAGCGAAAUUCCAUUUACGCUAUAAAAGAGAAAGGAGUUAAUUAAACGGUCAAUUCUAUUUGUAAGAAAUAUUUUUUACAUCUGUGCUGUAAGCCAAAAUAGUAAGACCAACGGGAACAGCAAGACACCACAAUAAAGUUUGUCUUGUAGUUCUUUUAUUCCAACCAAAGUAAAGAUGUGUAUUUUCUCGAAGAUGAGCCCAACGUUCAAUCGCAGGAUCUACUUUAAGUCCUUCAGCCAUGUUGUAAAUAAAUAAGUC